UAUGUAAGCUUACAACUUAUAGAGCUCAGUUGAUAAUUGAAAUUCGAGCUCUUCGGACUGUUACAAAACAAAAAAUCUAAAAAUUCCAUACAAAAUUUAUAUUUCUUAAAUUUAUAAAGCAAAAAACUUUCAACCAUGUGCCACUACCCUUGCUAUCCUUGCGCCGCCUUGUGCCCCUGUGGUGGCAGUGGACCCAGUGGCUUUUAUGAUCCUUGCUUUGGUCCCUAUAAUGGUCCUUUCAACUCUUGGUGCGGGCCCAGUGGUCCUGGCUUCUGGGGAGGUGGCUGUUGCUAAUUAAAAUUCUUUUAAACUAAAGGUGGACCAGCUUUAAUUGGAAAAUAUUUAUUUUAAAGCUUAAAGGAAUUUAUGUAACAGUCGUAAGAGUCGAAUUUUGAUUCAAUAAACUCGAGAGCUGAUAAAAAAA